GCUCGGCGCGGCGGAGCGGCCGACAUGGAGCCGGGUGGCGGCCCCGGGCCGGGCCCUAUCCCGGUCCCGGGGAACAACAAGGGCCGCGGUGGGGCGGCCGCGCCCGGGAGGGGCCGCGACUUGGCCCGGCCGCCGCGCAAGGACUCCGAGGGCUAUUCAGAAUCACCAGACCUGGAGUUUGAAUAUGCAGACACGGAUAAAUGGACAGCAGAGCUCUCAGAGCUGUACAGCUACACAGAGGGGCCAGAGUUCCUGCUCAACCGAAAAUGCUUCGAGGAGGACUUCAGGAUCCACAUGCGGGACAAGAAGUGGCCGGAGCUGGAGCGGACGCAGCACCGCACGCACGCCAUGCGCCUGCUGGACGGGCUGGAGGUGACGGCGCGCGAGCGGCGCCUGCGCGUGGCACGCGCCAUCCUCUACGUGGCACAAGGCACCUUCGGCGAGUGCAGCUCCGAGGCCGAGGUCCAGGCCUGGAUGAGGUACAACAUCUUCCUCCUGCUGGAAGUGGGAACCUUCAACGCCUUGGUGGAGCUGCUCAACAUGGAGAUUGACAACAGCGCAGCCUGCUCCAGUGCCGUGAGGAAACCUGCCAUUUCCCUGGCUGACAGCACCGACCUCAGGGUGCUGCUGAACAUCAUGUACCUGAUUGUGGAGACCGUGCGCCAGGAGGCCGAGGGGGACAAGCCUGAGUGGAAGAGCAUGAGGCAAACCUUCCGAGCAGAGCUGGGAGCCCCCCUGUACAACAACGAGCCCUUCUCUGUCAUGCUCUUUGGGAUGGUGACCAAAUUCUGCAGUGGCCACGCUCCACACUUCCCCAUGAAGAAGGUGCUGCUUCUGCUCUGGAAGACUGUGCUGUGCACCCUGGGAGGGUUUGAGGAGCUGCAGAGCAUGAAGGCAGAGAAGAGGGAGAUGCUGGGGCUGCCCCCCCUGCCCGAGGACAGCAUCCAGGUGAUCCGCAACAUGCGCGCGGCCUCCCCGCCCGCCUCCGCCUCCGACCUCAUCGAGCAGCAGCAGAAACGCGGCCGCAGGGAGCACAAGGCCCUCAUUAAGCAGGAUAACCUCGAUGCCUUCAACGAGCGGGAUCCGUACAAAGCUGAUGAUUCCCGUGAGGAAGAAGAGGAAAAUGAUGAUGACAACAGCCUGGAGGGAGAGACCUUCCCCCUGGAAAGGGAUGAAGUGAUGCCCCCCCCUACCCAGCACCCCCCAAGUGACCGCAUCACCUGCCCCAAAGGGCUGCCCUGGGCUCCCAAGGUCCGGGAGAAGGACAUUGAGAUGUUCCUGGAAUCCAGCCGCAGCAAAUUCAUCGGCUACACGCUGGGCAGUGACACCAACACCGUGGUGGGCUUGCCCAGGCCCAUCCAUGAGAGCAUCCGCACCCUGAAGCUGCACAAGUACACAUCCAUUGCUGAGGUGCAGGUGCACAUGGAAGAGGAGUACCUGCGCUCCCCGCUCUCAGGAGGGGAAGAGGAAGUGGAGCAAGUCCCUGCAGAGAUCCUGUACCAGGGCCUGCUGCCCAGCCUGCCCCAGUACAUGAUUGCUCUCCUGAAGAUCCUCCUGGCUGCAGCCCCCACCUCCAAAGCCAAGACAGACUCCAUCAACAUCCUGGCAGACGUCCUGCCCGAGGAGAUGCCGACCACUGUGCUGCAGAGCAUGAAGCUGGGUGUGGAUGUCAAUAGGCACAAGGAGAUCAUUGUCAAAGCCAUCUCUGCUGUGCUGCUGCUCCUGCUCAAACACUUCAAGCUCAACCACAUCUACCAGUUUGAGUACAUGGCCCAGCACCUGGUCUUUGCCAACUGCAUCCCUCUCAUCCUCAAGUUCUUCAACCAGAACAUCAUGUCCUACAUCACUGCCAAGAACAGCAUCUCCGUGCUGGACUACCCCUACUGUGUGGUGCAUGAGCUGCCAGAGCUGACGGCUGAGAGCCUGGAAGCUGGAGACAACAACCAGUUCUGCUGGCGGAACCUCUUCUCCUGCAUAAACCUCCUGCGCAUCCUGAACAAGCUGACCAAGUGGAAGCACUCCCGCACCAUGAUGCUGGUGGUGUUCAAGUCGGCGCCGAUCCUGAAGCGGGCUCUGAAGGUGAAGCAGGCCAUGAUGCAGCUCUACGUGCUGAAGCUGCUCAAGGUGCAGACCAAGUACCUGGGCAGGCAGUGGAGGAAGAGCAACAUGAAAACCAUGUCAGCCAUCUACCAGAAAGUGAGGCACCGCCUCAACGACGACUGGGCCUACGGCAACGACCUGGAUGCCCGUCCCUGGGAUUUCCAGGCAGAGGAGUGUGCCCUGCGUGCCAGCAUCGAGCGCUUCAACUCGCGGCGCUACGACCGCGCCCACGGCAACCCCGACUUCGUGCCCGUGGACAACUGCCUGCAGAGCGUGCUGGGCCAGAGGGUGGAGCUGCCCGAGGACUUCCAGCUCAACUACGACCUCUGGCUGGAGAGGGAGGUGUUCUCCCGGCCCAUCUCGUGGGAGGAGCUGCUGCAGUGAUGGACACAGGGUUGCUCGGAGAGCUGGAGGCUCACGGGGCAGGGCAGCGAGGUUUGGGAGGGGGUCUGUGCUGUUGUGGUGGGCUUGGGAAGAGGAUGGAGCUGAGACCACAUGCUGCCCCUCUGUGAGCUUCCUUCCAGGCUCAUCCCAAAGCUGAGGGUGCCCUGGGGGUUUCCUGUUUGGGUGGGGGGGAUCUCUGCCCACCCACCCCAUGUGAUGCUUUCAGGGGCACCCCCUUGUCGUGCCCCCCAGCCAGGAAGGGGGAGCAGGUGGGAGUGGGGGUCCUUGGGUGGCCCUGCCCAGCCCCUCUGGGGGGUUUGGGGGGCUUGAGGGGCUGGGGUGGCCUCCCCUCACCCCAGGAGGGGUGCAGGAGCUGUACAUAUAUUAUAUAUAUUUGGUGAUACCUCUGCCCUGAGCGUGGCUGGGCUCUGUCCCUGUCCCUGCCCUCCUGCCUGGAGCUGGGCUGGGAUGAGAGCUCCUCAUCCCAUGUCCUUGUCCUCACCAACCCCAGGGGUACAUGGCCCCUCACCAGAAGGUUUAAUCUUAUUUUGCAUCCUGUCUGUUGGUUGGGGGGAGCAGGUUCCCACAGGCUGUCCCUUCCUUCCCUGUCCCAUUCACUGAACCCUUCCCCAGCUCUGUCCUGGGAUUUCUGACACCUCUGUGGUGUUACCACUGGGGUUUUCUUUGUGGUGUCACCACCGGGAUUUUCUUUGGUCCCUGCUCCCAGCAGAGGAUCCUGACACCAAAUCCUGCCAGAGCACAGCCAUGCACCUCGCCUGGCCUCAGUUUCCCUGGCAGAGGGGCGGCAGCAGCCUUGGGGGAUGAAAUCCUGGGGGAUUCACCCUGAUUUGAGGCAGGAAUUUGCAGAGAUGGUUGUGGGCAGAGGGAGCCUGGGACAGCACCAAUUCCAUCACCUGCUGGGAUUCUGAGCCUGUGGAGCUCCAGGGGUGAAUCCAGCUGUGGGGAUGCUCAGCCUCAGCCCUGGAAGCAGCAAACUCAGCCUUAUGAGCCAUCAGAGAAGUUCUGUGGGCACAGCAUGGAUGGUAACAUGCCUGGAACUGUCCCCAUCCUGCUCUCUUCCCCCUCAGCCAGGGGUGACAUUGAGCUGGAUCCAUCUGCAUGCCCAGUGCUGCACCCUGACCCCGUGGGCAGCACAGAGCCAGGUGUGGAUGUGCCUCCAGGAGAACACAGAGAAGGAAAAGCUGCCCUGGCUUGGUUUAAUGAUGAGUAAAACUUCCAGAAAUCCC